GUAGAAUCGCGGUGACGUUACGCCGGUGGUGUAGCUGGUUUCCCUGGUGACAGUUGCCGGGGCAGCGCGAGAAGCGUCCGGAAGAGGGCAAGAUGGCUGCGGAGGAAAGCUCGCAGGACACCUUGCGGCUGCAGUUCAAGGCCAUGCAGGAGAUGCAGCUCAAGAGGCUCCAGAAGCAGAUGGAGAAGAAGAUGGAAAAGGAACUGAGCCUCAGUAACAGAGUCGAUGACCCAAAAGAGCCCUCGGAGGCCUUGGAUGGCCUCAGCCUUUUCCAAGCCGGGGAGCAAAACUCGCAAAACAGCUUUGAACAGAGGGUUCUUGAAGCCGAGGUUGAACAGCUGCGCCACCAGCUCAGGGAAACAGUGGACGAGAAUGGGCGGGUGUACAAGCUGCUGAAGGAAAGGGACUUCGAGAUCAAACACCUCCAGAAAAAGAUAGAAGAGGACAGAUCUGUCUUCACAGGGUCAGCCGGUGUGGCUGGGGACGUGAUCGCCACCAAGAUCGUCGAGCUGUCCAAAAGGAACCGGGUGCUGAUGGCGGAGUCGGAGGUUGCGAAAACCAGGAUGAAGCAGCUUCGCAGUCGUGUCCAGGAGCUGGAGCAGGAACUGCAGACGGCCCUGGCCAGGCUGCCAGCCAAGGGGGCGACGGACGCAGGAGCUAAGCCGCCGAGAGCCCAGACAGGAGACAGAGCCUUGCCGGAGACCCCCGAGGUGAAGGCCCUGCAGGACCGGCUGGCAGCCGCAAACCUGAAGAUGAGUGACCUCCGCAACCAGGUCCAGUCUCUGAAGCAGGAGCUGCGGAUGGCCCAGAAGGUGCUGGCCAGUGAGGCUGGGGAAGACGUGAACAUCCAGCAGCUCCUGUCCUCGCCAGGGACCUGGAGGGGUCGGGCUCAACAGAUUCUCGUUUUGCAGAGCAAGGUUCGAGAGCUGGAGAAGCAGCUGGGGCAGACCCAGAGCCGGUCUGUGGGAACGGCCAGCGACGAGCUGUCUGUCUGUCCAGACCCGAGGAAGAUGUCGGCACAGGAGAAAAACCUGCUGAGGAUCCGUAACCUGGAAAGGGAAAAACAGGAAGGCUGGGAGAAACUCGCUGGUGAGCGGGAUGCCCUCCAGAGAGAGCUUGACGAGCUGAAAAAGAAGUUCGAGGGCGUGAGGUCCCGGAACAAGGUGCUGUCCGGCGAAGUGAAGACCCUCAGGAGUCAAAUGGGGACCCUAGUGGAAAAGGGCCGGCAUGACGAUGAGCUCAUUGAUGCCCUCAUGGACCAGCUGAAGCAGCUGCAGGAGAUCCUGGGGAGCCUGAGUCUGCAGGAGGAGAAGACGCGCGCAUCCCAGCACCGCCUGGACCAGCAGCUCAACAACGAGGCUCAGCAGAGCAGCAGCCUGGUCGCCCAGCUGCAGGCCAUGGUGGCCGAGCGGGAGGCCAAGGUGCGGCAGCUGGAGCUGGAGCUGGGGCAGCGCGGUGUGCAGUACCAUCGAACUGAAGGAGUGGGAGAGGGAUCCAGUGGGCCCGAGGUCAGCUCCGUCCACGCCAAGCCCCCGGCCUCGGCAGGCGAUCACGUGGGCAGGCCCGGGCCUUCUCGCUCUGUGACCAGCCUGGGCCACACGCUCGUGGAAUCGGCUCUCACGUGGCCUUCCCAGCCCAGUCCUCACGGGGCCUCGCCCAGGUUCUCGGACUCCCCAGAACAAAAAGGCUGGCAAGCCCAGGUGACCGAGCUCAAGGCCCUUUGGCAGGCCACCGAGGUGGAACGCGACCGGCUCACCCAGUUUGUCGCAGUCCUGCAGAAACGGGUGGAGGAGAGCAGCGGCAAGCUUCUGGAGUCGGAGAGGCGGCUGCAGGAGGAGCGGCAGCGCACCGUGGUGCUGGAGCAGCAUCUGGAGAAGAUGCGCCUGGAGCCCGGGGGCACGGCCGCCCCGAGAGCCGCGUCCAGGAGCAGAGCAGGUCUGCCCACCUCUAACACCAGGCACAACCCGAAUGGGGGCGAGAGGAAGGACCCAUCUUUCACCCAGCUCUCCAGCAUGCCCAUGGAGUCCCAGAUCGAGGAGCUGACCACCAGGCUGGCCAUCCAGGCGGAGGAGAAUGAGAUGCUGAGGGCUGCCCUGGGCAGCGCCCUGCGGGGAAAGGAGGAGGACUUCCGAGUGUACCACGAGACCCUGGACCAGGUGAAAGGGGUCUUCCUGAAGGCCCUCAGGCAGAAGAAGGCAGACAAGCGCUAG